AUGACUUUGCUCAACAAGAAGGCCAAUCAAAAUGAUAGAAUCAGUGACUUACCAAGUAAUGUCAUUGAUGGCAUCUUGGGAAACAUGAAAGUCAGAGACCAAGUUAGGACUAGUAUUUUGUCAACAAAGUGGAGGUAUAUGUGGACUUCAGCCCCACAUUUUUGUUUUGAUGACGACUUUUAUCAAAGGUUUAUGGAUCUCAAUGACCCUUACCCUGUAAUGUAUAAAACCAUCACGAAUGUUCUUAUGCUCCACAAUGGGCCAAUACACAAGUUUUCUAUUUACGUAUCUAGACACUAUGAAUUCAAUAUCUCAAUGGAAAAUCUCAAUAAGUGGAUCCCUUUUAUGUCAAGGGACAUUAAACAUCUCGAGCUUGUGACCCACGGCCCUGAGAAAGAUCAAAUGCCUGGUAUUCUUUUCUCUUGUAAGGAAUUGACUUACUUCAAAGUUAGCUCAUUUAACUUGUCAAUUCCACCUAAUUUCUGCAGCUUUAAAAAAUUGCUUGAACUUCACUUAGAAAGUUGUGAUGAAAUCGAGUCCAGUGCACUUGAGAGUUUUAUGUCUGGUUGUCCGAUUCUUGAAAAGCUCACCAUUGGAUUAUGUUGUGGUUGUGAUCAUCUUGUUAUAUCUUCUCCUUCUCUCAAAGUUUUAGUGCUGAGAUGGAUCGAUACAAAGUCAAUUUGUCUCAAGAAAGCAAAUAAUCUGAUUGAUUUUACACUCACGACAUAUGCGGGCCGAGGUUUUACCAAAAGCUUGCCAAAAAUUAAGAGGUUUUCUUUUGCCAAAUGGAGAAAGAUCCCAUUUCCAGAUAUCAUUCCUCCCACGCUGCUAACAAGCUCAUUCAGCUCUUUAGAAUAUCUGAAAGUGGAUUACUUGAACUCAAAUGAUAAAAGAGAAAUGUUGUAUUUUGUCAGUGUUCUCAAAAGUGCUCCUAAGUUGAUUGAACUUGAUAUAAAGGUGAACAUGAACACCUAUGUUUCUUAG